CUGGCCACGCAUGUCUGCUGAUAUUUAUAACAAAAUCAAGACCUGUGAACGAUGUGUAAAAAGGAAAACCUUACCUGAACAUGCUGCACCUCUCGUUAACAUCAAGACAUCAAGACCUCUAGAGUUAGUGUGCAUGGACUUCUUGUCUUUGGAGCCAGACCGCAGAGUGAAAGAUAUUCUUGUGAUUACAGAUCACUUCACAAAGUAUGCUGUCGCUGUUCCAACACCAAAUCAGAAAGCUCGAACUGUUGCUAAAUGCUUGUGGGAAAAUUUCUUUGUCCACUAUGGCAUUCCAGAGAGGCUACACAGUGACCAAGGACCGGAUUUUGAGUCCCGUACCAUCAAAGAACUUUGUGAUAUUGCUGGCAUCCAUAAAGGAAGGACAACUCCUUAUCACCCAAGAGGUAACCCAGUGGAAAGAUUCAAUCGUACAUUGCUUAACAUGUUGGGGACAUUAAGUGAGCAGAAUAAAUCACGGUGGAAAGAUUUUGUGAAACCACUUGUACAUGCAUAUAAUUGCACUAAGAAUGAUGUCACAGGGUUUUCUCCAUAUGAGCUAAUGUUUGGUCGUCAACCUCGUCUUCCCAUAGAUGUGGCUUUUGGGUUACCACUGGAAGAAGAUGCCACUACCUCUCACCUGCAAUAUGUCCAAGGAUUGAAAGCACGCCUGCAAGAUAGUUAUCAGCUGGCUGUGGAGAACUCAGAGAAGGUGAUGUCCCGCAACAAGAACUUUUUCGAUCGGCAUGUCACUAUUUCUGAACUUGCCGUAGGAGACAGGGUCCUUGUCAGAAACGUCCGACUGAGAGGAAAGCAAAAAUUGGCUGACAAAUGGGAACCUGACAUAUAUGUAGUGGUAAAGAGGGCUGGCAAUCUCCCUGUUUAUACUGUAAAACCUGAGAACCAGGAUAAACCUCUCAGAACACUUCAUCGUGAUCUUUUGUUGCCCUGUAACUACUUACCUGAGCAGAGCCCUGAAAAAAACUUGCCUAUGAAGAGAAAAAAACAUCUGUCUGUGAACUUACCUGAUCCUGACGAUAAAGAAACAUCAGAGGAUGAGAUCAUUUCAUCUAUAUAUGAUCCCUCUUCUUUUGAGCCUGUGAAAUUUAUCACUACUGUUAAUUUACCAUUACCUCCUGUCCAACAAUCUGUUCCACCUGUAGAUCUACCUGAAGUUCCUGAUCAGCCCCCAUCCUCUGCUGCAGAAGAGGAUUUAGAACAGGAAUUUCCAGUUGUCUCAGAUGAGUUAAUGGGAUUACAACCUGUGGACAGAGAGGCAAUAUCCAUCAGUUCAAAAUCUGAUGAUUCUGCUGGAGGCCCUGCAGCUGAGGGAAGUCCUGUUCCUGAGCCAGUCACUCCAGAACCCUCCACUAGUAAUAUUGAACCAGAAGUGGACUCAGAUGCUGAAUCAGAAUCAUUAAGCCCUGAAUCUGAAUCAUUAAGCCCAGAAUCAGAACCAUUAUUGCGAAGAUCAACCCGAGCAAGAAGACCACCAGAACGUCUACAGUACUCUCAACUGGGCCACCCACUGUUGAAGAGCAUCCAGUUAUUGUUUCAUGGUUUGACCACUGCAUUCUCACAUGCUCUUGAAGAGACUGAGGAGGAUGAACGCAUAACUGUCCCUGCCAUCCAGACUCAACCUGGUCCAUGUACGGGGACGUGCAUGGGAUUAGGGGGGGAAUGUGUAACCCAGGUGACCACCAUGACCCAAUCACCUUCCCUUUGAGCUGCCCCUUUAAAUUGAUUGUCGUGUGUGCUUCCGGGUUUUCUCCUCUUUUCUCCAAACAUUGCUGCUGCUCAUUGUUGGCUGUCUGAUCGGUUGUUUAUAAAACAACCAGAGCGCUUAGAUUGACUCAUCGGUUGGUUUGUCUUUGAGACGUGAAGAUUUGUGGUUGUGAUCUAUUGCCAGAAUCGAACAAGUUACCAUUACCACCUCCUCAGACAAUCAUUACUCGACGGUGAGUAGAUAACGGGGAAUUUUUUUUCAUUCUGCUCCGCUAGUUAGCGUUAGCAAUCAACUCGACAAUCAGUGGCUCACAUCAAAUUGUCCUACUUAUUACUUGCUUAACGGCAGCCGAAUUAAAGACCACACCUUUAAUAUUUAAGGGUUUGCUUUUCAAUUUUAGAUUUUAUUAUUUUUUCAUGAUUUCUUAUUGGUGUUUGCACUCCAUGUUGGUGCAACAAUGGAAUUUGGUACCUAAUAUGAUUUAGUUUGUAGCUACUUUGAUCAAUCACAUUUUAAGUUGAUUGAUUUGAUUCAAUAUUAGUUGUUUGUAAUGAUUGCUAAUUAGAUUACUUAAUUGAUUUUGAACUUGAAUUAUGAAGUGCACUUUUUAAAAGGAUUUCUUUCUUUUUUUUUUGAGAUUGUUAAAAUAUAGGAAGAAUAUAUUUAACAGUCUUCUUGCCCCUCCUUUAGUACAAAUGAACUAAAUGUGUUAUCUGGCCUUUUAGGUCAGGUUUUUUUUCCUCCUUGGAUUCACCUCUUUGACGAAGGAAGAUGGCGAGCUACCCACCCACCACCUGGUGGUAGGAAACGGAACUGCAUUUCUUUCCUACAGGAAAUGAACUAAAACUCUUAAGGAGUAUUGCAAGGGGAAAAUACUUGUCUCCUUUUGCUUUUGGACUUCUUGUGGACUCUAUUGGAUUUUGACAUAUCACUGAUUAUAAUAAUUGUUUUGUUGGGUUGUUUUUUUUCCUCCUUCCGUUUUUUUUGGGGAAAUUUAUUGUUUUGUUGGUUUGGUAUUAUUAUUAUUAUUAUUAUUAUUAUUAUUAUUAUUAUUGCCACUGCAAUAAAUAGCAGUAUCAACAAACUUUACUUUUGCAUCAGUUGUAUUACUUAUUCACCAUUAUCAUGACUCCGUAUCGUACCUAGUUCUGAUUUUAUAAACUGGUUAAUAUUACAACUUGCAGUCAGAGCUGCGCAGUGAAAAAA